AUGUACUGUUCCGUAUGCCAGCAACCAUGGCAAAACGUGAUCGACCAGUCCUAUGUACACGGCUCGAAGCAGACGGUACAGACGGACCAAGGCCAGUAUCAGCAGUCACCAUGGCAGCAGCAUCAACAACAAGACUGGCAAGCGCACUGGCAGUCGACAUCUUCGAGAGGAAGGACACCUUCUCCGAGGCAAAGACAACGGCCAAAGAGCGUCAAAGGCAACAAGACCCCCAAACAGAACCAGCCGCAGCAGAUGCAGGCUCCGCCCAUGAUGAUGCCGGCUGUUCCCAUGGGGCAGAUUGCACCGAUGCCUGUCAUGUUCCCCCAGCAGGCAAUGCAGUAUCCAAUGCAAGGGACAAUGCCUCCAUUGCCCCCACCAGAUGCAGCAUGGCAACCGCCUGCCAAUCCCAAUUUGGCGAAAAUGCCAGCUCCAGUUCCUGCUGCACUACAUCCGAUGGCUAUGCCUUUUACCCCCACGAUGCCAGCACCGCCAAUGCCAAAAAUGCCGGCGACAUCGAUGACAUCAAGUUCCGACACCGAUGCCGAGGUCAGAGGGCUGAUGACCAUGAUGAGGGGAAGACAAUCCGAGCUACCAGAGGAUAUGCAAAAGAAGGUCCAAAAGGUCUUGACCAAAUUUGGACAGCAAUCAUCCACGGAUUUGCAUGCAGCCGUCACUGCUCUGGACACUGCACGACAGAACUACGACGAGGCUGUCACAGCCCGGAAUCAACACCACAACAUGUGGAAGAAGUUCCUAUCGGACGCUGUCCAGUUGUGGCAGACGUAUGCACAGCAAUUCAUGGAGCAGGAGAAGAAGCUGCAAGAGCAAGUGAGCACUUCCAAGGACGCAUUGCUCUCCGCCAAGAAGGACCUCGAGAAUUCCAAGCUGGCAAAGCUUGGCACUGGCGACGUGCAGAACAUCACCUCGGACGAGGAGACGGAGGAUCCAGAUUCUACGAGUGCGGCCCAAGCUGCCACCAAGAUCACGGAAACGAUGGAGGGUCUGGCCAGUUCUUUGCAGUCCCUACAUCAAGAAGCCGAAGCUAUGGUGGCGGAAGAAGCUCACGCUGCCAAGAGGCCAAGAACCACGCCAAAAGCAGAAGACGCUGCAAUGGAAGAUCCAAAGCAUGGGUCGCAUUUUGGCAAGGAGCGCAACUUUCUCAAUGAGUGGGCAGCUAUUGAAGAAGCGCGUUGCCUGGCCUUUGAUAUUGGGACCUAUAACGGCAUUGUGAUCGAGGAGUUCAACUCUCGCAAGCGAUUGAAGUCACCUACAAGCUCUGUAUCACCGGCCAGGGGAUUGGGUUUUGCUCCUGAUGUCGACGUUCUGAUCGGACUUGAGGAUGAAUUGGUCAUGUACAAGACUGUUGUUCCCGAGAUCAGUCUUUGCAAAGGACUCAUGCCAUGGAGGACAGGCCUUCAGCGCGGCGGCAGUUUUUCCCAUCAGCCACCGGAUGACGUUGAUUUUGAGUGGACUCGACAGAAUCCUCUACCAAUGAAAUGCCCUGCAUCAUCCACAAGCGACCGCACGGGCCACAUUGAUCAAGAUCGACCCUCAGGAGAUCUGAGCCUGCCUCAUGCCAGUGGAACACAGCGACCAACAGAGACACCUUCGUGGCAACAGGAACUUCUCACACUCCUGGAACAAGAAGGACAAAUCGAUUUGGGUGAGGAUGACUUUGUAGUGUAUGCAAGUUCAUUCUUCAUUGAUCAUCUACGACUCCAAUUCCACAACGAACCUCGGGUGCUACGAUUUGAUGCCGAUUAUCAAGAUUGGGACAGCACCACACGGUUCAUAUGGGAAGAUCUUGCAGAUCCCAAUUUGCCGCUGGAGAUUGUCAUCGUCAAGCCAGAUCCUCCAAGAUUUCCCUUUCCGGGCACCAGUGCGACAGUAAUAGUCCACCAGAACCUCAGACCAGAACGUGCCGCAUGCCUCAUCACGACGGUACGCAUUCAGGAUCCUGAGACUAUUUUCCAGCACACAGCACACUCUGUUGAGAGACGUUUGAUGCCCGCACGAGUUCUGCAGUUAGCUGGUGUUGAACAACUCUGCCAACAACGAGAAGCACAAGGUUUUGGACCCUGUACACUACACAUUGGACAUCAAGUCCUGCCGAUGGACCAGGACAUUGACAUCCACCAUGGUUUGGGUCUACACAUCAGGAUUCCCUCGACGCUAUCUCAAGAGGAGGCGGAACAAAAUUUGGUUCGUCGACUUCAACAGCAACGACGUAACAGGGAAGGAGAUCACUGGGAUCCGGCGCUUGGAGAUGAUGAACCCGAGGCUGGGCACCCACCCCGCUCGAGGCCGCGCCAUGCGGCACCAGACAAUGAGCCGCCAGAGGAUGCUAUCUCCUUCAUGGGCAGACGACCGGUCAUGCAAAAUGCUCUUCGUCUUGAGGCAUCUUCAUCGACAUCUUCUUCCAGUAGCACUAUAUCAUCAGUCUCAUCGUCGGCAGUGUCGUCUACGGACUGGAGAUCGACAGUUAUCCACACACUGGAUGGACGAUCUAUUUCGGCCAGGCUUCCAUGGAAUGACUAUGACCAGAUCGUGGUACAAGCCGCAAUCGCACUUUCUCUGGAGAAGACAGCAGUCCUGCGUGUACAAGCAGUGCUUCAACGCCCAAUUGACUAUGUCCAGGUCGACUUGCACUGCCUGAUCCUACAAAGAUCGCAUGAGUUCCGUCCCUCUCCAACCGAAAGACUCACACUUGUUGACCUUGAAAUCCAUGUCGACAAUGAUGUUCAACCUACACCUUUCAGUCGGAGGGCAAGAUGGCUACCUUAUGUAACCACAAGACAGACACUCUUGCGAGUAUUGCGCCUGGAGACUUUAUGUGCACAGCCACAGGCAUGCCACCUGUGGCGCAAUAACAUUCUCAUUGAGGAGCAUGCGGCCACACCGAUGCAUAUUGCUGAUGGUGACUACAUAAAAGUCUUUGUGGGCGAGCUGGCUGAGCAGGACACCUGCCUCUCAGACAUCGACCUUGAGCAGAGUGACACAGAUAGCGCAAGGUCAAUCUCAGAAGAGGAAGAGACACACAGCCUCUUUCAAAGGAAUGCUGUACAAGUGCAACGCGCUUGCCAAACAGUCCUCCGACAGUUUGAGCCAUGGACCUUACGCACAGCACCAGAGCACAUCGUUGCUGGUAGCUUUUCCCGAGCUCUACGUCCUCCACAGACACCUGAACCACGCAUUCAGAUUCAAAGUGGAUUCCAUCGUGGUGAUGGCCAAAGAUUGCUCAACACCUUCGAACAGGAAUCCUUUGUUGAGUGCACUGAGGAGGGACCAGUGGCGUACAUCGACACGUGGUAUGUACAUCAUCAACGACAACCACACUGCAGAAGAGCACGACCUUUCCGACUCCAAGGUGAUGUCGCCACAUGGAAGGAUGAGAUCUUGGAACUGUGGUCGGACACGAUCGAUCCUGAUCUGGCAACCACCGUACAUGUUGUGAGGCCUACACCGCCAUGUGCGAUGACAGAAUGUGUGAUGGCACAUCUGAUCUUGGAGCAGUCAGAAAGGCCACAGUUCACGGUCGGGCUCAUCACAGUCUAUGUAUCGGAUGGACGCAGAGACAGCACUGAACAUGCCGCAUACUCACUGCCAGAUAUGAUGACUGCACAAAUGGUGUUGCGUUUUGCGGACAUGCAACUGACCUGCCAAACAAGGCUAUGCUCAGUAUCCAUUGGCGGCAUCCCCUUUGCUCACCAUGAUUGGGAAGAAGUUCCGCGUGCUACUGGUCUUACCAUUAGCAUUUGA